GUGAAGCGGUUGCAUUGCACUAGAAGCAUUUAAAUGGAGCCCUUUGUUUCAUAUAUUCGAGACAGCCGGUAUUACAAGAACAAGGGGGUUUUCAGUUUUCAGAUUUCAAAUUUCACCCCAAGCUUUGAUCCGAUUCUUCAAAUGUCAGAGAUACGGUAAAAGAUAGAGAACAGGGAAAGGAGGAAGAGAAUCGGGAAUUUGAGGAGAAGAUCUGUAAAGGAGGUCAGCAUACGUGAGCAUACGAGUUCCCACGACACACUGCAGCUGCCACAAGAUUUUGUUCCCUACGAGAAGCGCCAGAGAAGAUCUCGGCCCUUUAUUUCUCUCUCAAGACCUUAUAAAUACCCCUCGCCUCGCUCUUAUCUCCUCGGUGAAUCCCACUAAUUCUAACCGAGGCGCUUCUUAUUGCUCUGCCAUAGAAAGGGCUUCUCAUCUCUCUCGCUCUCUAAACUACCACCUUUCUCUCUCUCUAGCAAAACCAUCUUUCUCCUCAUCAACCACCCUUUCUCUCUCUAACAAGGUCAGUCUAUAUCACUCUAAAUAAACAGAGGGUGUUUCUAGAGAGAGAGAGAGAGAGGGCGAUAAUGGAGGAGAGAAAGAGCGUCUUAAUCACCGGAGCAAAGCUCCUGUUGCUUUUGGUGAUGAGCUGCCUAAUGGGGCUAACCCCCCAGGCCACCAAGCCUGGCGACGAACGAGCCACGUUUUUACCAAACUACAUGGCCUCGAACUUGAGCUUUGACGCCAGCCGCACGCGCCUAGCGAGCCGCGACUUUGGUGGCUUGACCGGGGCCCCGCCACAUGGCGUGCUCGUCCCGUCUUCGGUUCACGAAAUAGCGAAUCUAGUGCGCGUCGCCUAUGAGGCUGACGCGCACUUUCGCGUGGCAGCAAAGGGCCACGCCCACUCGAUUCAGGGCCAGGCCCAGGCGCCAGGUGGCGUGGUCAUAGAGAUGGAGGCUUUAAAAGGUUGCUUAUUCAACGUUGGGGUUCUGGAGAACGAGUCGUGUUCGUUUUCCUCUUCUUACAGUGUAGAGAGAGAGAGUGUAGAGAGAGAAAGUGGUGGUUCUUUGUAUUACGCCGAUGUUUGGGGUGGGGAGCUGUGGAUUGAUGUUUUGCAUGAGACGCUGAAGCAUGGAUUGGCACCAAGAUCGUGGACGGAUUAUUUGUAUCUGACGGUCGGAGGCACUUUGUCCAAUGCUGGGAUCAGUGGCCAGGCGUUUAAUCACGGCCCUCAAAUUAGCAACGUCUACGAGUUAGAUGUGGUCACAGGUAAAGGCGAGCUACUUACGUGCUCAAAACACCAAAACUCAGAGCUGUUUCAUUCUGUACUUGGUGGCCUGGGCCAGUUCGGCAUAAUCACUAGAGCCAGAAUCGCCCUCGAGCCAGCCCCACAAAGGGUGAGAUGGAUACGCGUCCUUUACUCAGAUUUCAACACCUUCACACGAGACCAGGAGCACCUGAUUUCAUUGCAUGGCCGCACCAAGUUCGACUACGUCGAAGGCUUUGUCAUUGUAGAUGAGGGCCUCAUAAAUAACUGGAGAUCUUCUUUCUUCUCUCCUAGAAACCCCAUCAAGCUCCAGUCCAUCGUUAGUGGCUCAAAGGGCACCGUUCUCUAUUGCUUAGAGGUCACAAAGAACUACGAUGAAGCCACGGCCGAUACAGUCGACCAAGAAGUGGACUCGUUGCUUAAAACACUGAGCUUUAUUCAAGGGUCGGUGUUCACCACUGACUUGCCAUAUAUUGAUUUCUUGGACCGCGUGCACAAGGCAGAGCUGAAGCUCAGAGCCAAGGGCCUGUGGGAUGUGCCCCACCCGUGGCUCAAUCUGUUCAUUCCUAAGUCCAAAAUCGCCGAUUUUGAUGCCGGCGUGUUCAAGGGUAUUCUCGGAAAGAAGACCAGUGGCCCAAUUCUCAUAUACCCCAUGAAUAAAAAUAGAUGGGACGAGAAAACCUCAGCUGUGACACCAGACGAGGACGUCUUUUAUUUGGUGGCGUUCCUGAGAUCGGCGCUCGAUAACGGGGAAGAGACACAGAGCUUACGUUAUUUGCAAGACCAAAACGAGAGGAUUUUGCGUUUUUGUGAAGAGGCUAACAUAGAGAUGAAGCAGUACCUUCCUCACCACACAAAACGAGCCCAGUGGGUCCAGCACUAUGGACCCAAAUGGGCCGAGUUCGAAGAGAGGAAGGCCACGUUUGACCCAAAGAACAUAUUGGCCCCAGGUCAGAGAAUAUUCUCUGCGGCCCAGCCCAUCAUCCUCCCAUCCGCCUCCUCAUCGUGACGACAUGUUCUCUGUCUCAGCUUUCUGUCUUUUCUCCCUCUAUCUCUCUCUGCUAUGUACAGAUUUUAUCCGUUAUUUUAAGGCCACCGAUAUGUACAGUGAGAUAAAAAUUUGUAUCCUUGUAUUUACCCGAAAUAGCAGGGUUACCCUUGAGGGGCUAGAAAUGAUAUUUGUGGCUCAAUUUGGGGGUAUUUUCUGA